CCCCGCAUCUCACUUAUCUCUGCCAACGCCUUCCACUACACCAUGAAACGCAAGGAAAACGAGUUCUUCACGACAAGCAUCUAUGAGAUCGAUCGUAUCCUAGAAGAGAGACGACUAAAGGAUGAUCCUGAAAAUGCUAAGUUAGUUCAGGACCGACUCCCAUCCGUCUACUACUCGUACCGAGACGUGUUCAGCAAGACUGCCGCUGAUCAGCUACCUGAACACCGCCCGUACGACCACAAGAUC